CGAGAGGACAGGAAGAGAGAUAGUAACGCUAAACGGGACGGAAGAACAGAAGAGAGUUCAAAGGUAGUGAUAGAGAGACUGUGAGGUAAAGUUGAGAGAGGGAGGUUUGUGUCUAAUGAAAGAGCUUGGAGUGUGCGGCAGUGAGACUCAGACUGUACUGCAGUGAGGGGGACUUCAGCUUGUGUGGAUGCGCUCUAGCCUGUGCUGCUCUCCCGUUUUGGAUGGGUGGCUCCAUUAGGGAGGACAGAACUAUUGCCUGAACAUAUAUCCUGAGUGGUCGAGCCAGAGAUCAUGAAGUGGAACCUUUUCAAAAAGAAGCCAGAAGCCAUGGUGGGCCCGGAGCCCACGGGACCUGGCGGCACCCACCCGUCACACACCAUGACGAUGGCCCCCGCUGUCUCCACACCUGCGGACAACUCCACCGAGUCUGAGGGGCCCGUCAACAAGAAUGAUGUCUUUGAGGAAAUCAAAAGCAAGUUCCUCAAUGAGAUCGAUAAAAUCCCAUUGCCUCCAUGGGCACUCAUCGCCAUCGCUGUAGUGGCCUCCCUCCUCAUCCUCACCUGCUGCUUCUGUAUCAUUAAGAAAUGCUGCUGUAAGAAGAAGAAGAACAAGAAAGGCAAAAAGGGAAAGGACGGCUUCAACAUGAAGGACAUGCAGGGUGGAGAUAAACACCAGGAUGAUGAUGAUGAAGAAGGAGAAACUGGUUUGACGGAGGAGGAGAAAGAGGAAGAGGAAAAAGAAGUGGAGAAACUUGGAAAGCUUCAGUAUUCGUUGGAUUACGACUUCCAGGAUAACAAGCUGACCGUGGGAAUCAUGCAGUGUGCCGAUCUGAUUUCCAUGGACUCUGGCGGAACGUCCGACCCUUACGUUAAAGUGUUCAUCCUACCAGACAAGAAGAAGAAGUUUGACACCAAGGUGCACAAAAAGACCCUCAACCCAGUGUUCAACGAAUCCUUUGUCUUCAAGAUCGCAUACGAGGAGCUGGGUGGCAAGACGCUGGUCAUGUCUGUGUAUGACUAUGACCGCUUCUCCAAGCACGAUAUCAUCGGUGAGGUCAAGCUACCCAUGAACACUCUGGAUCUGGGAAAGCCGAUCGAGGAGUGGAGAGACCUGGAUAGUGUUGAGAAAGAGGAGCCGGAGAAGCUUGGUGACAUCUGCAUCUCUCUGCGUUACGUUCCCACUGCGGGCAAACUGACCGUUUGCAUCCUCGAAGCCAAGAACCUGAAGAAGAUGGACGUGGGCGGCCUGUCUGACCCGUAUGUGAAGAUCCAGCUAUUGCAGAACGGCAAGCGUCUAAAGAAGAAGAAGACUACGGUGAAGAAGAACACACUGAACCCUUACUACAAUGAGUCCUUCAGCUUUGAGAUCCCUCUGGAGCAGAUGCAGAAAAUCCUAGUGGCAGUGACGGUCUUCGACUACGAUAAGAUCGGCAAAAACGAUGCCAUUGGGAAGAUCUUCAUUGGCAGCAAAGCCACAGGCACAGCGAUCAAGCACUGGUCUGACAUGUUGGCCAACCCGCGCCGCCCCAUCGCCCAGUGGCAUCCCCUCCAACCGGAGGAAGACAUCGACGGUGCUCUGGCUGCCCUUAAUGCCAAGAAGUAACUUCUCACAUCUCAGCCUGACUAACCAACUAACUAACCAACCCGCCACUGCAUGACACCCCACACUCAUCCAUACGCGCUCUGCCAGUUUGUUUCGCAUAAUCACCAACAAAAAUAUUCUAAAGAAUAU